AUGUCUGCAGAGCGCCGCGGGGAAGAGUCCUCCAGGCGUUUGGGGGAGUUCCUGAGCCGGCAGGGAACACAGGUUAACUGCGACCCCAGCGGCUUCACGGUCCACGUGGACGUGAAGCUCUUCAGCCCGGAGGACCUGCUGGUCAAGGUCAGCGGGGACUUCGUGGAGGUCCAGGGGAAGCACGAAGAGAAGAAGAAGGACGGAUCCGGCACCAUGACCCGACAGUUCAGUCGCCGCUACCGCAUCUCCCCGGAGGGCAUCCUCAUCAUCUUCGCUCCGAUGCUCCGAUGGUCAUUGUAAAUAUAAUGUAUUCAGAACUAACACAUUUGUUUUGCCGAGACAAUCCAUGCAAGAUAUUGUUUGACAAUAUGGAGUCAAACAAAGAGAUCGUUCAAAAGUUAAUGUUUUAAUUUAUAUUUGUCACAGCAUCUUUAUAAAUAUGUGAUACAAAUGCACUCUUUAUGUAUAAUAUUAAAAAAGUGCUCCUUGGUUCAAGCUCCUUCCCCCUCUGGUGCGAAUUCCUCCAACAAGGAGUCCACUUGACUGAAAGAGAAGCAGAAAAACGUCAUAUAUUCAGCAUGCAAAUCAACACGUUACAUUCCUCAAAUUACAUUUCCCCACGCACAACACCAGGUUCAUUCGUGGACCAGGUGUCCUCCAGAAUGAGACGAUAGCAGAUGAUAAACUACACCAGUAUGUCCAUUUAUAGGCUCUGCUUCGGUUAAAUCACCUAAUUUGGUCCUUCACUCGUGUCCUCUGCU